AUGAAGACCACAGGAAUCUCCGCCACCGCUGCGAAAGCUCCCGACUUCAUCGAUUUCGUCAACGCUUCCCCAACCCCUUACCAUGCUGUUCAUUCGGCCAUACAGCGACUAUCAGCAGCCGGCUUCGAGGAGAUCAAAGAGCGCGAUAGCUGGUCGUCAACACUGGUGCCUGGCGGCAAAUACUACCUAACAAGAAACGGCUCUUCGAUCGUCGCCUUUGGUAUUGGCAAGAAAUGGAAGCCGGGAAAUCCAAUUGCCAUGAUUGGCGCACAUACAGAUUCGCCCUGCCUGCGACUUAAGCCCGUGAGCAAGAAGACGGGAGCUGGGUUCAUGCAGAUUGGGGUGGAGACAUAUGGCGGAGGGAUCUGGCAUACAUGGUUCGAUCGUGAUCUCAGUAUUGCUGGAAGAGCGAUGGUUAAGGAUGGCAAUGGGAAUUAUAUCCAGAAGCUUGUGAAAGUCGACCGGCCCAUCCUGCGCAUCCCGACGUUGGCGAUCCAUCUUCAUCGUGCCGCGAACUUCGAACCUAAUAAGGAGACGGAAUUGUUCCCGAUUGCCGGGCUCGUGGCAGCUGAGGUCAACCGGACGGGGGGAAAACCUGCGGCUGAUCAAGAGACAGAAGGGAAUGAUGAAUCAUUUCGACCGCUCAAGGUCCUCUCGGAUCGGCAUCACCCAUAUGUUGUUGAAAUAAUUGCAGAGCAUGCUGGGGUGGACGUUGAGGAUGUUGUUGAUUUUGAAAUGGUUCUAUAUGACACGCAGAAAGCUUGUCUUGGGGGAAUCAAUAACGAGCUAAUCUUCUCCGCUCGUCUGGACAAUUUGGGAAUGACAUAUUGCGCUGUGGAAGGCCUCAUCGAAUCUCUAUCAUCGCCUGAAGCCCUCGACGAUGAAUCCUCUAUUCGUCUCGUAACCUGUUUUGACCACGAAGAAAUCGGCAGCACAUCAGCACACGGCGCCGCGUCGAAUUUACUACCGGCUGUCCUUCGAAGACUCGCUGUGCUUCCUUCACACCAAAGCUCUGGCUCGGAUAAAUCCUACGAGAAGAUCUCCAAGGACGACGAAGUCGACAUAUCCACUGCUUAUGAACAAAGUCUUGCAACUUCGUUUCUUAUCUCUGCUGAUAUGGCCCAUUCCAUCAAUCCGAACUACACUCAAAAAUACGAGGCUGACCAUCGCCCGGAGAUGAACCAGGGAACAGUCAUCAAGGUCAACGCAAACCAGCGAUAUGCAACAAACUCUCCUGGCAUUGUCCUGCUACAGGAAGUUGCUCGUCGGGCCAACCCAAGCCAGGAUUCUACAACAUCUAGCGGGGUGCCACUUCAACUCUUCGUUGUCCGCAAUGACUCUCCGUGCGGCAGCACCAUCGGACCCAUGCUCUCUGCGGCUUUGGGCACAAGGACUUUGGAUUUGGGUAAUCCUCAACUGGCUAUGCAUAGUAUACGGGAAUGCGGAGGGGCGUACGAUGUUGAGCAUGGUGUAAGGUUGUUUGAGUCGUUCUUCGAGCAUUUCUCGGAGCUCGAAGCUAAGAUAUUAGUUGACUAG